GCCAGAUCAAUUCUGAUGAUUCGAAACAGCUAUAAACAGAUAUUUAACAAUCAGUCAACACGAACUGAUUGUUAAAUCGUAUUUAACUGGAGUCAACAUGAAUUGCCUCGAACACUAAACACAACUAUAGACAAGUUUGAAGAUAAAAUGGCAACUGGGAGAUCUAAUUCUCGGAUCUUGUUUUCUAUGCAUAUUUAAAUUUUUUUCGAGAUCCUUUCUAAGAGUUCCGAACUGGUAGAGAUUCUGAUUAUGAAUAGAAUAUGCCAAGCUAUUAUUCCUCCGGAUCGACAUACAUGGAGACGACUUUAAAAGGUUGAGUUGACUGGAUGGUGUUCACAAAUUGUCAUUCCAAGACGGAGCUCUGAACAAUGCCCUAUCCAAUGACAGCGUCAAUGGCUUCAACCUCAUUGAUUCUUUUGGUGCUUUCAUUUCAAAUUAUUAUGGGAUGUGCUGGAAGGCCAAUUUAUCCACUCCCAAGCAAAAAAGCAGAUGGAAAUCGGCAGCCAAUCCAGACAGUGGGUCCUUACAAUAUUGCUCAUCGAGGUUCAAAUGGUGAAUUACCUGAAGAAACUGCUGCAGCUUACAUGAGGGCUAUUGAAGAGGGUGCAGACUUCAUUGAAACUGAUAUUCUUGCAACCAAAGAUGGUGUCCUCGUAUGCUUUCAUGAUGUGACAUUAGAUGAUGUAACUGAUGUACACAAACACAAAGAGUUCUCUAAUCGUCGUAGAACAUAUGAAGUUCAAGGUUCCAAUGUCACUGGAUGGUUCAUUGUUGAUUUCACAUUUGAAGAACUCCAGACAUUGAGAGUGAAACAAAGAUACAGUUUCCGUGACCAGUCAUAUAACUGGAAAUUUUCAAUCAUCACGUUUGAGGACUUUAUUGCUAUUGCAUUGGAUGCUCCCCGUGUUGUUGGAAUCUACCCUGAAAUAAAAAAUCCAGUGCUCAUCAAUCAACAUGUAAAAUGGCCCGGUGGAAAACGAUUUGAAGAUAAGUUUGUGGAGACAUUGCUGAAAUAUGGAUACAAAGGAGAGUACAUGUCAACUGAUUGGUUAAAGCAACCUGUUUUUAUUCAGUCAUUUGCUCCAACUUCUCUUAUUUAUGCCUCAAAUCUGACAGAUUCUCCAAAGAUAUUUUUGAUUGAUGAUGUCACAGUUCCUACACAGGACACUAACCAGACAUAUUGGGAAAUUACUUCAGACAGUUACCUUGAGUAUAUAAAAGAGUAUGUUAUUGGCAUAGGGCCAUGGAAGGACACCAUAGUACCUACAGACAAAUUAAACUACUUGACAACUCCAACAGACCUUGUUGCUAAAGCACAUGCACAUGAUUUACAGGUUCAUCCUUACACCUUCAGGAAUGAAAACGUGUAUUUGCAUUUCAAUUUUCAUCAAGACCCAUACGCAGAGUAUGCAUAUUGGCUUAAAGUGAUUGGAGUUGAUGGGCUUUUUACGGAUUUUACUGGAAGUUUGCAUUCUUAUCAAGAGUGGACUUCUCCAACAGACUUUGAGAAGAAUGGCACAGCUUCAGAUUUGUUGCAUAAGAUUGCGGGUAUGAUAAAGUCAUUCAGAAAAACAUAAUCAUGAUUGUAUUAACUUAUUGAAUUGUAUUUCAAAAAUUAGAAAUCUCUUUAUUUCCAAAUAAAAUGUUUUUGUACAUCUGAGGGUAGGCAUUGGACUUCAAUUUGAAGUCCCAAUUGGGUUUGUCCUUAAUAAAAUAUUCGAUUUUACUGAUUGUGUCAUUCGGAGAAACAUAAUCAUGAUUAUAUCUAACUUAUUGAAUUGAAGCUAUUUCAAAAAUUGAUUUUUUUU